AGAGAAUGAGACCAGCUGACAGUCCAAGGAGGCCAUAAUUUUAGCAGACCUACCAAGAGCAUUGAUGUAGGAGGCUUGUUAUUCUAAAUCCCGGAAGCCUUUUUAUUUUUUCUUUGGAAAGUACGUGAAGGGUUGUAAUGCUGCUUUGCUCCCCAAACUGGACAGCGAGGUAAACAAGAGCAGCCACAACAACAGCAAGGAGCAGAAGCUCUCAUCCUGACCACCAUGGAGUUUCUUGAAAGAACUUAUCUUGUGAAUGACAAAGCCACUAAGAUGUAUGCCUUCACCCUAGACAGCGUGGAACUCCAGCAGAAAUCCUUGAAUAAAAAUCAAUGUCCUGGAGAGAAGCCAGAGGAGCUGGACUCAGGAGCCAUCUAUCACUGCCACAGCAACUCCAAGGCCACAGAGAACAGAGCAAACGAGCAAGUCUAUGCCAAGUGGAAACUCUGUGCUGCUUCAGGAAUAUGCUUCGUUUUCAUGAUUGCAGAGGCCGUGGGUGGGCACGUUGCUGGGAGUCUUGCUGUCGUCACAGAUGCUGCCCACCUCUUAAUUGACCUGACCAGUUUCCUGCUCAGUCUCUUCUCCUUGUGGUUGUCAUCAAAGCCCCCUUCGAAGCAGCUGACGUUUGGAUGGCACCGGGCAGAGAUCCUUGGUGCCCUGCUGUCCAUCCUGUGCGUCUGGGUGGUGACGGCUGUGUUGGUGUACCUGGCAUGUGAGCGCCUGCUGUACCCUGAUUACCAGAUCCAGGCGACUGUGAUGAUCAUCAUUUCAGGCUGUGCGGUGGCAGCCAAUAUUAUACUAAGUGUGAUUCUGCACCAGAGACAUGCUGGACACAAUCACAAGGAAGUGCAAGCCAAUGCCAGUGUCAGAGCAGCCUUUGUGCAUGCCCUCGGAGAUCUAUUUCAGAGCAUCAGUGUGUUAACCAGUGCACUUAUUAUCUACUUUAAGCCAGACUAUAAAAUGGCUGACCCAAUCUGCACAUUCGUCUUUUCCAUCCUGGUUUUGGCCAGCACCAUCACUGUCUUAAAGGACUUCUCCAUCUUACUCAUGGAAGGUGUGCCAAAGAACCUGAACUACGAUGAUGUGAAGGAGCUCAUCUUAGCGGUGGAUGGAGUGGUGUCUGUGCACAGCUUGCACAUCUGGUCUCUAGCAAUGAACCAAGUGAUUCUCUCGGCUCAUGUUGCUGCAGCAGCCAGCCAGGACAGCCAGGUUGUUCGAAGGGAUAUUGUAAAAGUCCUCAACGAUAGCUUUACUGUGCACUCACUCACCAUUCAGAUGGAAUCUCCAGCUGACCAGGACCCUGACUGUUUUUUCUGUGAAGAACCCCGGGACUAGUUCAGUCACAAUGUCAACUUCCAGAGUUCAAUGGCCCACUAUACACUGCUCUGCAGUUUCUAGAAUAUAAGAAAUAAAGAACCAAAGGAAGAAGUUUGAGAAAUUCGUGAUACAGUACAGUGCACAUUUUAUCCACCAUGAAUGAAGAUGCAUAUAGAUUCAUUAAUCAAUUGGAUUAUCAACUCAUCAGUAGCUGUGUUCAAUUACAGGAAUGUGUGUAUGGACUAUUCCUGACUGGGGCUGAAGUAACAGCUGUUUGUAACCACAGGCAAUAAAAAGUUCAUCUCCUUUCAGUGAUGUAUCCUGAGGAUGAGUGGGUAAAAUUGAACUUGGGAAAGCCUUAUUAGGAAUCAGUGCCCAGGAAAAGUCACAAAAUUCUCCUCAAAUGGGAGAAAAAAGCAAACUAGGAAGAGCUUAAGUUAAAAGAGAUGCUGGAAGCUUAACACCCCACUAGAACUUGACUCUCUGGCCAGUUUAUAAUAGGAUUUGGAGCAGUUUCUUUUUACUCCCUAGCAGCAUCACCAUGCCCUAAACGGGGUAGAAAUGUCCUCUUUCCUUCUCACAAAUUAUGUUUUAACAUGCCUAAAACUAUUGAAUGGUAUUUUGCUUCUCUGUGUAAAAGCUCUGGACAAAUGAAAAAUUAUGAAAUUGCU